AUUUUACUUAUUUGCCGCUAAGCUUUUCUUUUAAUUAUUGCUUUUUGAAUUUAUAUUUUUUUAUGAAUAAUACCUACAAAACUGAUUAACUCAAAAAAAUGGAUACACUUUUUCUUGAAAUCGAGAUAAGUACAAAAGAUGAAGAAACUGAAAUAUACACGACAACAUCGUCAUUUGUUGCGCUCUUUGUGCAUAAAUUUCUGGACUCACCUGAGAAUAUACAAAUAAAGUUUGUGUGCACAAAACUAGAUAAUAGUGGCGGGAAGAUUAAGUUGCGUUCCGAUAAAUUACACGUGCAAUUAACCGAUGAGGAUAUCAUCUGUAAGGAAGCAGCGCUUACACGAGCAAUACAAGAUUUGCGCCUGCCCGUUUAUGCCAAAGAUGGAAAUACAUUCAUAUCAGGCAUGUGUGCUGUUUGCCGCGAAAUUGUGGCUCGUCAAAGUUCCACUGAAAAAAUGUAUUUACUUGGGUUUAAGCAGAGCUGUUUGUUGGCGCCCGCCGAAGCGUCAAUAUGGACACGUUUCUGUGAGUUGGAUAUGCCGAGUGCACUUAAUGAUUUGUUAUAUAAAUAUCAAAAUGGGCAGAUAAUUGAUGAAAUACCAACUGCAUUAGUACGUUUUGAGCGACAUAUGAAUGAACCAGUUCGUAUGCAUAAUAUUUAUAAAGUGGCGCGCGAAAAAGCCAAACAGGAACCAGAAAUCAUUAAUGGUUGUAAGGUAAUGGUUGAUUGUUCUAUACCAAAAGAAAAACUUGCUAUAGAACAUCGUUUUGCCGAAGGCAUAGCAUUUACUAUAGCGGAUUUAGUUUUGUAUCCUUGUAUAAUGCUCAUAUUCGAUAGUUGUCCAGGUAUUGGGCAAUUUUUUCCAUUAGUAAAAACUUGGAUAGAAGAGACUGAAAUGGAGAAAAAUUGUUUAAGUAAAUUGAGCCAAAUAUUCCUGUUCCAAACUAUGCAUGUUGUUAACUUCGUAGAAAACAUGAAAAUACCAGACUGUGAUGAAACUAGCCUUUACAAGAAAGAUCCGAAGCGUUACAAACCACGCAAUCGCAUCUUCACUUUACAGAGUGAAGUCAGUGCAAUAAUAGCUAGACUAGAAGUUUUAGAUAUUAAUUUUAAUAGUGACAACGAUAUAACGUAUGAACAUAACCAAAUUGAUUGGGAUGCCAUUGAGCCAAAUCAUGAAAAAGGUUCAGCAUUACCGCAGAAUCGACUGGUACGUAAGCGUCAGCAACUGGAAAAUAUAGCCAAUGCUGUUAUUUCAUUGGCCAAGUCAGGCGAUCGAAUUGUUGAUUUCUGCAGCGGUACUGGUCACUUAGGUAUACUUCUAGCAUUACAAUUGCCAGAGUGCACCAUAAUACUUAUUGAAAACAAAGCAAUAUCAUUGGAACGAGCUAAAAAACGUGCUAACGAAUUAAAACUAAAAAAUAUGCGUUUCUAUCAGUGUAACAUCGACUAUUUUGAAGGAAACUUUGAUUUGGGUACAUCACUGCAUGCCUGCGGUACUGCUACUGAUAUUGUUAUACAGCAAUGUUUACGUUCUCGUGCCAAAUUUGUAUGUUGUCCUUGUUGCUAUGGCGCACUACAACCAAUGCCUCAUAUUAAAUAUCCACUAAGUCAACGUUUUCGUGAUGUGAUCGACGAUUAUAGCUAUUUGUAUAUUGCGCACACAGCAGACCAAUCGCACGAACUGGGCCGAACCAAUUGCAAACCGGAAAUAACACGUCAGGGUCAGCAUUGUAUGGAUAUUAUUGAUACUGAUCGCAAGCUGCAAGCUGAAGAGAUUGGUUAUAGAGUAGUUUUGACACGUUUGAAACCAGAACAAUGUACACCAAAGAAUCACCUACUUGUUGGUCAUUUGCCCUAACAAGUUAUAAUUAAAAAUUGUAACAAGUUUUUUUGUUGUUUGAUAAAACAAAUGCUGACUAUUAAGUCUAAAGUAGUGAUUAUGUCGGUUACUGAGACAUAUUUAACUCAUUUUACAAAAUAGUUUAAUUUCUUUU